UUGUCCUGCAUCUACAAAAACAUUGUUAUGUUAACGCCGUAACAGCAUCAGGAACAUAUAGCUUGGGAUUUCCAGAAUAACCCUGAAGCUAUACAGCGUGUACUGUACUGUAGAUAAGUCUUGGGAUGGAGAAUAAGUGUCAGUCAUCGAGUGAUGAGCAAGCUCUUCCGGAUUCUACCAACUGUUCUAAGCCUGGAAAUUACAAGAUUGUGUUGGUUGGUGAUGGUGGAACGGGGAAGUCCAGCUAUGUUGCCAGAUUACAAAGUGGUAAAUUUUAUCUGGAAUAUAUUGCAACUUUGGGAGUGGAGAAACAUAAAAUUGCAAUCGCCACAUCUCAUGGUCCAUGUACAGUGACCAUAUGGGACACUGCUGGUCAAGAAAAGUUAGGACCUCUAAGAGAUGGCUAUUACUCAGGUGCUGAUGCAGCAAUUAUAUUCUUUGAUGUUACAUCUAGAGUGACUUAUAAAAAUGUUCCAAAUUGGCAUAAAGAUAUUCAUAGAGUACGACCAGAUAUCCCCAUUGUUCUAUGUGCCAAUAAAAUUGAUGUCAAGGAAAGAAAGGUAAAAAGGAUCACUUACCAUUCUAAACUUAGAAUGGGAUUCUUUGAAAUAAGUGUCAAGGAUAGGAUCUGCUUAAAGGAACCUUUACAGUAUUUGCUGCAGCAACUGACCAAGGAACCAGAGCUUACCCUAAAAGACUCUAUAGAUGAUGAUAUUUUUGGUGAGGUAAAAGGUUUAUGUCUUUAAAAAAAAUACCCAUUAGAAAGAGUAGGAUUUAUGCACUUUCAUACAGCUGUGGAUGUUAGCUAUUAUUUAAGCAAUGUUAUUUUAAUAGUAUUUUCAUGCUGUAAUUGAAAUAUUGUAGUGGCAGGUUGAAUUGGCAACUUUUUUCUUUCAAACCAUAAUAAAGUGUACCGGGUAUGUAAUUUAUUUUAUGGAAAAAUCAAGAAAACUUUUAUACUGUUUUUUUAUUAUGAUGGUGUAUUUCAAUGUACUUUAUGAUUAUUUUCCUGUUGUAUGAAAUAAAAUGUGCAUACCUUACAUGUACAGUACAGUACACUAUAGGAACAAGGGGUACCCAGGUUACGAACGGGUUCCCUUCCUGAGGACGUUCUUAAGUAAAAAAUGUACGCAAGUCGA